AUGAUGCGGACCUCAAUCGUCUUGACCCUUUUGACCACCGUAGCCUUAGCCAAACCAAUUGGCGACAAAGUCACCAGGCAAACCGCAGACACCAUCAGCGGCUCCGACAUCUGCGAAGAGAACUCCGGAACCGCCCUCUGCUCGCUGGGAUCUCCACUCUGCUGCCGAACAGAUGUAGACGGCCUCACUACGAUGGACUGCCUUCCUCCUAUUCCGAACAUGACUCCGAUCCCCGAGACUGCUUCCCUCAACAAGUUCCAGAUGGCGUGCCUCGUGCUGGGGAAUCGUCGCCCUAGGUGCUGCACGCUCAAUGCGGCGGGUCAAGCCUUGUUUUGCGAAGAGUUGACAACUUCGGUUUGA